AUGGCAAACCUUUCAUUCCUUUCAAUGGGGAUGAUCUUCUUCCUGUGUUGUUUUGCGGCUGUGGCGACUGCGGCACCGCCCAAUCAAGGCAUCUCGAAGUACAAGGACCCCAGUCAACCCGUCCAUGCGCGGGUAAGAGACCUCAUGCGAAGAAUGACCCUUCAGGAAAAGGUUGGCCAGAUGACCCAGAUCGACCGCUCUGCGGUCACCCCCGAAAUCCUGAGGGACUACUCCAUUGGCAGCGUGCUCAGCGGCGGAGGGAGCGUGCCGUUCCCCCAAGCCAAGGGGCAGGACUGGAUGGACAUGGUGAAUAGCUACCAAAACGGUUCUCUCUCUAGUCGCCUCGGUAUCCCGAUGAUAUACGGCAUCGACGCGCUCCACGGGCAAAACAACGUGUAUCAAGCCACAAUAUUCCCGCAUAAUGUCGGUCUCGGAGCUACGAGGGAUCCGGAUCUCGUGAAGAGGAUAGGAGCUGCGACCGCCCUUGAAGUUAGGGCGACUGGGAUUAAUUAUGCGUUUGCUCCAUGCAUUGCCGUUUGCAGAGAUCCGAGAUGGGGCAGGUGCUAUGAGAGCUACAGCGAGGAUCCGUCCGUUGUUCAGGCCAUGACAUCGAUCAUCCUGGGGUUGCAAGGCGAAAUUCCUGCAGGCGGGCGAAAGGGAGAGCCUUAUCUCGGUGGAAAGGACAAGAUUUUGGCUUGUGCAAAGCAUUAUGUGGGAGAUGGUGGCACCACAAGGGGCAUCAAUGAGAACAACACAGUGAUCGAUUGGCAUGGACUGUUGAGCAUUCACAUGCCCGGUUAUUACAAAGCCAUAAUUGAGGGCAUAUCAACGAUCAUGGUCUCGUAUUCGAGCUGGAACGGAGUGAAAAUGCACGCUAACCGCUUUCUCAUCACGGACUUCCUCAAGAACACCUUGAAGUUUAAGGGUUUUGUAAUAUCCGAUUGGGCAGGAAUCGAUAAGAUCACCACCCCACCCGGUGCAAAUUAUACAUACUCUGUUCAGAUGGGGAUUGGAGCAGGGAUUGACAUGGUCAUGGUUGCCCUCAAUCACACGUUGUUCAUUGAUACCCUAAUCAAAUUGGUCAAUGACAAUGUGAUCCCUAUGAGCCGCAUUGACGAUGCUGUUGAGAGGAUCAUGAGAGUGAAGUUCAUGAUGGGCCUAUUUGAGAAUCCUAUGGGUGAUCAGACUUAUCUUUCCCAGCUUGGAAGCCAGGAGCAUAGGGAUUUAGCAAGGGAAGCAGUUAGAAAAUCCCUGGUUCUGUUGAAGAACGGGCAGAAUGCGGAUCCCCCAGUGUUGCCGCUCGCCAAGAACGCCUCCAAGAUACUCGUUGCUGGGACUCAUGCCAACAAUCUGGGCUAUCAAUGUGGUGGUUGGACCAUCACUUGGCAGGGUGGAAGUGGCAACAACCUAACCAGUGGGACCACCAUCCUAGGCGGGAUAGGUAAGGCCGUCGACCUCGACACAGAGGUUGUCUUCAGCGAGAACCCCGAUGCCGACUUCAUCCAAUCUCACAACUUCUCGUAUGCCAUCGUUGUGGUCGGGGAGCUGCCCUAUGCGGAGACAGCAGGAGACAGCACGAACCUGACGCUGGCAGAGCCAGGCGAGGACAUCAUCUACAACGUGUGCUCGUCGGUGAAGUGCGUGGUGGUCGUGGUUUCGGGAAGGCCGGUCAUGAUUGAGCCGCUCGUGGCACAGAUGGACGCGCUGGUGGCCGCAUGGCUGCCGGGUAGCCAGGGGGAAGGCGUGGCCGACGUCUUGUUCGGGGACUACGGAUUCACGGGGAAGCUGCCGAGGACGUGGUUCAAGACGGUGGAUCAGCUUCCCAUGAACGUGGGCGACCCUCACUACGAUCCACUCUUCCCAUUUGGUUUCGGCCUUACCACUGAGCCCACUGGGGAACAGUGAGAGAGGAUAACUUGUUCUUCUGGAUUUUAGGUUUUAUCUUAGUUUAUGAACAUUUCGUAGGAGAUUCUUUUCUGCGUAUUCCUUUUCCUAGCCCCUUCCGAGUCAUUUGGAUCGAAGAUGGUUCGAAAAAAUUAGGAUUUGGAACAACUUGAAUAAUCGUCACUAGGGCACUUUCUAGUAGUAUUCUGGUUGUUUUCUCAUUUUUGCAUAAUUGAACUUGCUAAGUUAAUUUCCUGUGUCA